GAGUCUCCCAUACCCAGCACACCCGCAACGGCCGCCCGGCCCUUGCCCGCCCUGAGCCGCCUCGGCCACCCGACCCCCAGCUCAGCCUCCCGGUGUCCCCGCAGACCAACGAGGCGACGGGAGCGACGAGCUGCGGAGCUUCUCCGGGGGGCAGCUGGCGUCGGGUCCCGACCUCGCCUUCCCCCGGGACGCGCACGACCCGCUGCGUAUGUGGACGGCGCCCGACCCCGCCACGGGACGGCGCGGGCCCCGGGGGCUGUACGCCUUCGGGGCGGAGCGAGGGAACCGCGAGCCCUUCCUGCAGGCGCUGGGCCUGCUCUGGUUCCGCUACCACAACCUGUGGGCGCAGAGGCUGGCCCGCCAGCACCCGCUCUGGGGGGACGAGGAGCUGUUCCAGCACGCGCGCAAGAGGGUCAUCGCCACCUACCAGAACAUCGCGAUGUAUGAGUGGCUGCCCAGCUUCCUGCAGCAAGCACCGCCGAAUUACACAGAGUACCGCCCUUUCGUGGACCCCAGCAUCUCUCCGGAGUUCCUGGCGGCCUCUGAGCAGUUCUUCUCCACCAUGGUGCCCCCUGGCGGCUACAUGAGAAAUGCCAGCUGCCACUUCCAGGGGGUCAUCAAUAGGAACUCAAGUGUCUCCAGAGCUCUCCGGGUCUGCAAUAGCUACUGGAGCCGAGAGCACCCAAACCUACAAAGAGCUGAAGAUGUGGACUCGCUGCUGCUGGGCAUGGCCUCCCAGAUCACUGAGCGAGAGGAGCAUGUGGUGGUUGAGGACGUAUGAGAUUUCUGGCCUGGGCCACUGAAGUUUUCCCGCACAGACCACCUGGCCAGUUGCCUGCAGCGGGGCCGGGAUGUGGGCCUGCCCUCUUACACGAAGGCCAGGGCAACACUGGGCCUGCCUCCAGUUACCAGAUGGCAGGACGUCAACCUUGCACUCUUCCGGAGUGAUGGCACUGUGCUGAAGGCCACAGCUGCCCUGUACAACCAGGACCUGUCCCGGCUGGAGCUACUCCCCGGGGGACUCCUGGAGAGCCAUGGGGACCCUGGACUCCUCUUCAGCACCAUCGUCGUCGAUCAGUUUGUGCGACUGCGGGAUGGCGACCGCUACUGGUUUGAGAACAGCAGGAAUGGGCUGUUCUCUGAAAAAGAGAUUGCAGAGAUCAGAAACACUUCCCUACAGGAUGUUCUAGUAGCUGUCACCAACGUGAACCCUGGUGCCCUGCAGCCCAACAUCUUUUUCUGGCAUGCUGGAGACCCCUGCCCGCAGCCAAGACAGCUCAGCACAGAGGGCCUGCCAGCCUGUGCUCCCCCCGUCUUGCGGGACUAUUUUGAAGGCAGUGGAUUUGGCUUCGGGGUCACCAUCGGGAUCCUGUGCUGCUUCCCCCUGGCCUCAGAAUGGCAGGGCCGCAAGGAGCCCUGCCGGCCUGUGCUCGUGCACCUGCAGCCCGGGCAGAUCCACGUGGUGGAUGGCAGGCUCUCUGUGCUCCGCACCGUCCAGCUGAGGCCCCCGCAGCAGGUCCACCUCAUCCUGUCCAGCAACCGCGGGGAUCGUGCCCUACUGCUCAGGAUCCGCAAGGAGUAUGACCUGGUUCUGCUAUUUGACCUGGGGGAAGAGCGGCAGGUGAUGCUGGAAAACCUCCGGGGGGCUCUGAAGGAGAGUGGGCUGAGCUUCCAGGAGUGGGAGCCGCGGGAGCAGGAGCUGAUGAGGGCCGCUGUGACGCGGGAGCAGCAGAGCCAUCUCCUGGAGACCUCUUUCAGGCACCUUUUCUCCCAGGGUAACUUCGUUCCAGCCCCUGCUGUUCACCGAGGCUCACCGAGAAGUUUCAGUGCAACCGUGGCCACCAGACGGUGCAGCAGUUCAAGCGCUUCGUCGAGAACUACCGGCGCCACAUCGGCUGCCUGGCCGUGUUCUACACCAUCGCCGGGGUUCUCUUCCUGGAGAGGGCCUACUCUGCGUGACGGCCGUGGCGGGACAGACUAUGCCUUUGCGGCUCAUCACGUGGGCAUCAUGGACACCACCUUCGUGGGCAUCAUCCUGUCGCGGGGCACGGCGGCCAGCAUCUCCUUCACGUUCUCCUACAUCCUGCUCACCAUGUGCGGCAACCUCGUCACCUUCCUGCGAGAGACCUUCCUCAACCACUACAUGCCCUUCGACGCCGCCGUGGUUCAUUGCCUCAUUGCCUCCACUGCCAUCGUCCUCGCAGUCUUACACAGUGCAGGCCACGUGGUGAAUGUGUACCUCUUCUCCAUCAGCCCGCUCAGCAUCCUCUCCUGCCUCUUCCCCGGCCUCUUCCAUGACAACGGGUCCGAGUUCCCCCAGAAGUGUUACUGGUGGUUCUUCCAGACCGUGCCAGGUCUCACGGGGGUCAUGCUGUUCCUGGUUCUCGCCAUCAUGUACAUCUUCGCCUCCCACCACUUCCGGCGCCGCAGCUUCCGGGGCUUCUGGCUGACCCACCACCUCUACAUUCUGCUCUACGUGCUGCUCAUCAUCCAUGGCAGCUUCGCUCUGAUCCAGCUACCCCGUUUCCACAUCUUCUUCCUGGUCCCAGUACUUAUCUAUAUGGGGGACAAGCUGGUGAGCCUGAGCCGGAAGAAGGUGGAGAUCAGUGUGGUGAAGGCGGAGCUGCUGCCUUCAGGAGUGACCCACCUCGAGUUCCAGCGGCCCCAAGGCUUUGAGUACAAGUCAGGACAGUGGGUGCGGAUCGCCUGCCUGGCUCUGGGGACCAACGAGUGCCACCCCUUCACCCUGACUUCUGCGCCCCACGAGGACACGCUUAGCCUGCACAUCUGGGCAGCAGGGCCCUGGACCACCCGCCUCAGGGAGAUCUACUCACCCCCGACGGGUGACAGCUGUGCCAAACAUCCAAAGCUGUACCUCGAUGGACCAUUUGGAGAGGGCCACCAGGAGUGGCAUAAGUUUGAGGUGUCCGUGCUGGUGGGAGGGGGCAUUGGGGUCACCCCCUUUGCCUCCAUCCUCAAAGACCUGGUCUUCAUGUCAUCAGUCAGCUGCUAAGUGUUCUGUAGGAAGAUCUACUUCGUCUAGGUGACACGGACCCAGCGGCAGUUUGAAUGGCUGGCUGACAUCAUCCGGGAGGUGGAGGAGAAUGACCACCAGGACCUGGUGUCCGUGCACAUCUACAUCACCCAGCUGGCUGAGAAGUUUGACCUCAGGACCACCAUGCUGUACAUCUGUGAGCGGCACUUCCAGAAGGUGCUGAACCGGAGUCUGUUCACGGGCUUGCGCUCCAUCAGCCACCUUGGCCGACCCCCCUUCGAGCCCUUCUUCAACUCUCUGCAGGAGGUCCACCCACAGGUCCAGAAGAUCGGGGUGUUUAGCUGUGACCCCCCUGGCAUGACCAAGAAUGUGGAAAAGGCCUGUCAGCUCAUCAACAGGCAGGACGGGAUUCAUUUCUCCCACCAUCAUGAGAACUUCUAGGCCUCCUGCCCAGGGCCUCUGCCCACUGCCCAGCUGAGCAGAGGUUUGGCCCCAUACCUCACCUCUAACCUUCCUGUUUCUGGCUCCCUCAGCCGUCUCCCCAUUUGCGCCUCCCAACCUUGGUCCAGGUGGCCAUGGUCAGUCACGUCAUGAGGGUUCAGGGACUCCCAGGCCCGGAAGGUCUCAGCCUGGAGAAAUGCAAGGCACUGUGUGGGGACUAGAGGUUGGGAGGCAGGAGAGCUAUAUUACUGCUUUGGGGCAAAGUGACACCUCUUCUUCCAAAAUAAGAAAAAAAAUCAAAAGACUGGAGCAGACAAAUUGUGUGUGUGUGUGUGUGUGUGUGUGUAAGGGGCUGUGAGCCUAAGGAUGAAGUGGGAGCACAGAUGCUGGCAUCCUAAAACCCCUUCCCCCAAAUCUCCUCUCCUCUGAGCUCCCCACUGUCAAAAGGGCUGGCAAAUGCCUUAGAGAGGGUAGAGGGUAGACCCACAGAGAGCAAUUUACAGGAACCACCUCAGCACCCCACUCUAACAGCACAAUUGAUCUUCUCUCCCAACUUUUUAAACGUGUGCUGUAGUCAAAACCUGCCCCAGCAUGCCUCAGUGCUCCUCAGCUCUUCUCUCCUCUUCCUGCUCUAAUAGCCUCUUUUAUAAAUAAGCCACUUUCCCGCCCUUAGGGUUUCUUUAUUCUGCUGCAGGAUGGGGUAGGUACUAGCAGAGGAAGCCACUCACGCAGCCAGCUCACCGAGGCUGGGCCACACGUUCUCUCGGAGCUUGCCUGUACCCGCUGACUAAGGGAACCCCUCCAAGGCCAAGCGCCCCAGCUAGAGACCCCUUCCCCUGCUCAGGGGCACCUUUCCUGACAGAGGGCCUCUCAGGGCAGCUAGUGUGGGGCUCCUGAGGCCUGGUCAGGAGGGGCAGAGGGAGGUGUGAGGGUUUCUGGUGACGGUGGGCUGGGCACAAAGAAGGGAGCAGUGUAUCAAGACACAGCAGGAGUCUACAGGGAGCCAGAGUUCACUGGCUUGCUCCAGGACCUCAGUUACUCCCGGUCCUCUGAACCAUGGGAGGGUGGAGCACCUGUGCCUAUAUGAGUCUUCUAUGUAGUGAGAUGACAGUAAGGAGACUGAUGAGCACAUCACCUAACCUCUUCGGGCCUCUGUUUUCUCAUCUGCAAAAUAACUGAAUGCCCUCCAAGUCUACUUAAGGAUAGGGCAAUCUCUAUGAUGGAAUGUUUGAAGCAGGACUCAAUUUCAAGUGAUCCUUUCCACUGUCCCCACAGAAUUCUUGCAUUCGUCAGAUCACAUAUCCUCGAUUUCGAGAAACUAGCCACCGGAUUAGAAAAUCCAAAUUCCCCUGCUUCACACCACGCUUGGGAGUUGCAGAUUUCGGUUCUGGAGGAGGCUCUCAGGCUGCCCUCCUAGGGCAGCCGUCCCGAGGGUGUUAGUUCAGCCGCUCAUCGGGAGCUUCUGUUCAGCUUGCCCGUGGGAGCGGGAGGGCGGGCCUAGAGUGGUUUGACAGCAGCUCCGCCUGGCGGCCCAGUGGUAUUCCCCAGGGACUGGGCCCCAGGCCUCGGCGGGUUCCAGCUGCGGGCGCGGGCUGGGGGGCCGCCAGGGCCACAGGCGGUGUGGCCCCUCGGGUAGAGGCACGGCCAGCAGGGGGCGCGCGCGGACGGCCCCGCCAGGCGCCACAGCCACGAGGGAGAUCCGGGCCCGGGCUGGCCGGCUGCCGGUCUCGGGGCCGGACCCAUAGGCCAGGGGCCGCGGGAGGCGCGGCAGGACCCCGCUUCCUCUGGAAAGGAAACGCAGUCGGCCGCGCCAGCUUUCCCGCCUCCGCCAGCGCGCGGCUUCCGCGUGGCAGGGGCGCCCCGCUCCCUCCCGCCUGGCGCGCUGCCUCUUUGUCUCUCCGUGGCUCCCCUCCUCCCAGACAAAUGGCUGUUGGCAGGAAAUUAGAUGCGCUCUCGGGGAGCCGCGCUCGUCGGGGCGGCGGGGAGGGGGCGCCGCCUGGCAGGCCGGCUCUGGUGCCCCCAGCCGGGGCGGGGGCGAGGGGGGAUGUUUUGAUAUCUCGUCAAAGGAAGGAACUUGAUGCUUCGAAAGUGCUUUUCACAGCCGCCUGUGUCCGCUCCAGAGCUGAUUUAUAAACAGAAUCUGUGCUAGCUCAACUC